GUGUUCGUUUUAAAUGACCGUAAAUUCAUUGCGGAACCAUUCAUUGUUGGGCUACUGCGCCCAGACGGACAUGUUUCUCCGACACACUUGUUCAAAGACGCAACGUUUGAAAUGGCUGUCACCCUUCAAACAGAUCUAGGAGAAAUUAAAAUAGAAUUGUUUUGUGAGCGGGCACCGAAAACAUGUGAGAACUUCCUUGCUUUGUGUGGCAGUGGGUUCUACAACGGAUGUGUCUUCCACCGAAAUAUUAAAGGUUUCAUGGUUCAAACUGGAGAUCCUACAGGCACAGGCAAAGGAGGAACAAGCAUAUGGGGUCGCAAAUAUGAAGAUGAGUACAGUGAACACCUAAAACAUAAUGUAAGAGGAGUGGUCUCAAUGGCAAACAACGGCCCCAACACAAAUGGCUCCCAGUUUUUCUUCACAUAUGCCAAACAGCCACAUCUGGACAUGAAGUACACAGUGUUUGGAAAGAUUAUCGAUGGCCUGGAGACACUGGAUGAACUGGAGAAACUGCCUGUCAAUGAAAAGACGUUCCGACCACUGACUGAAACCCGGAUAAAGGAUGUGACCAUUAAUGCCAACCCUUUUGCUGGAUAGACAGCUUUCUUUUCAGACAUGCAAAAAAGGCCUUUUACACAAAUUUGGACUCUGAUAUUUUCAAUAAGCCUGUUGAUGCAGUGUGUAGUACCCAGACCUCAACAAUGAACAGGACACUGACUGUAAAAUGCUGAGCUGUGAUACCGGCAGUGUCUAAUAGUUAUGACCUAGAAUUUAAAUGGCGUUUGGGUAAAAUGUACCUUGUGGUUAAAAUAUGUCAACACCUUAGUCACUGUCCACAGAGUAGUGCUACAUUUGGCCUCCCAAAGAAAAAUGCAAGGGAAUGCUCUCUCUAAUUUCUAUCUAGAUAUAAUUUUUUAAGAAAUGGUUUUGCAUCCCCUUUGUUUGACAAAGCUGUUGUUAUGAAGAAUUGUAGGUUAUUCUUCACACAUUCACAAUUCAGCCCAAAAAGAAAACACGGUGGACUUUGUGCUUCACUGCUAAACAGAUACUGAUCUUCUUUUUUCUUUAUGGGUUAUGUAAAUAUAAUGUCAAUGUUUUGUGAUAAAUAAAACGUUAUAAUUAA